GGUAAACAGGCAUAAAUCUCAAUGGGAGAAGAAAACCAAACCUCUGUGGCUGAGUUUAUCUUCCUGGGCCUUUCACAAGACUUGCAGACCCAGAUCCUGCUAUUUAUUCUUUUCCUCCUCAUUUAUCUGCUGACUGUGUUUGGAAACCUGCUCAUCAUCUUUCUCAUCUUCUUGGAUUCUCGACUGCACACUCCUAUGUACUUUUUUCUUAGAAACCUGUCUAUUGCAGAUCUCUGCUUCUCUACUAGCAUUGUUCCUCAAGUAUUGGUCCAUUUUUUGGUAAAGAGGAAAAACAUUUCCUUUUUUGCAUGUAUGACACAGAUAAUUGUCUUCCUUCUGGUUGGGUGUACGGAGUGUGCUCUGCUGGCAGUGAUGUCCUAUGACCGGUAUGUGGCUGUCUGCAAACCCCUGCACUACUCGACUAUCAUGACCCAACAGGUGUGUCUCAAGUUGGCCAUAGGGUCCUGGGCCAGUGGGGCACUCGUAUCUCUGGUAGAUACCACCUUUACUUUCCAUCUUCCUUAUCGGGGACGGAACAUAAUCAAUCACUACUUUUGUGAACCUCCUGCGCUUCUGAAGCUGGCUUCAGCAGACAUUUACCCCACAGAAAUGGCCAUCUUUGCAAUGGGUGUAGUAAUUCUCCUGGCUCCUGUUUCCCUCAUCCUUGCCUCUUACUGGAAUAUCAUCUUCACUGUCAUCCAGAUGCGGUCUGGGGAGGGGAGGCUCAAGGCUUUUUCCACCUGUGGUGCCCAUCUUAUUGUUGUUGUCCUUUUCUAUGGGUCAGGAAUAUUUACGUACAUGCGACCAAACUCCAAAACUACAAAGGAGCAGGAUAAGAUGAUAUCUGUGUUCUAUACUGUGGUGACGCCAAUGUUGAAUCCCAUAAUUUACAGCUUAAGGAACAAGGACAUUAAAGAAGCUGUCAAAAAGCUAACUGGAAGAAAGUCUUUCUCUCAAUGGCAGUGA